AACCUUCAAAGUUGAAGACGCCAUAUUUCACAUCAUAAACGGUGUUGAGAAAAAAGGGGAAAGGCCGAAGUCGUGAGGUAGGCAAAACAGUUCGAAGAUAUACAGUAUAUAUAUGUACUACGCUAUCAAGUGUGGUAGGAACGACGAUGAUAUGCGAGAGAGCGGUUGUGCUUAGGCACAAAUAUUGAAGCAUUUAUCGAACAGCUUAACGCCGACAUUUACAUAUAUAUAUAUACACACAUAUAUACACACAUAUAUAUAUAUAUACACACACACAUCGCAGUGCACGAGUUGUGUGUGUGUCUGUGUGUGGUUUGUUGGCUGAAAAAAAAACACAGACAAGAAACGACAGGAAUUCGGUUUAGUAACACGAAACAACAAAACAAAUAAGAGAGAGAGAGAGAGAGUGGAAAAUCUAAACCUAAACAGAGAGAAAUCAGAUAAAGAACAGGAAUAUUUGAAUAUUUUGUAAUAGCCAUUCGUCAAAGAGAUCUUCGUGAAACUCCCACCAGGUGUUAUCCGUCUCCAUGGUUGGACUGUGGAUAACAUAGAUUCUUACAUUAACAACUUCAAGUACUUCUAACUAGUACUUAAAGAUGUCAACUGCUAGUACGAGUAAAGAUCGGAAAGGCACCUCUAGGAGUAAUUGUUCUUCUCUGGAUAAGAAACCACUGGCUAAUCGAAAGUCACAGGCAUCAUCGUCUGCAGAAGAAUCUGGAGGAGAUUCCAGUGCAGAAUUAGAUGCUGCAGGGAGUACAAAAGAUUCAGAAGCUUCCAGGGAGCCAGAGUUGAAUCCGGAAGAUAGUGAUGACGAACGUUGUCGUUCACAUUCACCUGAAGGUUCGCUCGGAAAAUCCAAUCCACUUGAUGCAAUCAAAAACUCAGAAAUACCUUCUAAACGCCGAAGUAGUCUGAAAUCAUCUUUUGUAGGAAAAUCAAUUGGCACGAUUGUAACAUGUACAGCUUGUGGCAAACAGUUAAACCCUUCCAAAAAGGGAGCUGUGAAAAGACAUCCCAAAUUAAAAGUGCUGAUUUGUAAGAAGUGUUAUAAAUAUUAUUCAAGUGGUGAAAUUUCUCGGGACGCUGAUGGUCUAGAUGAACAGUGCCGAUGGUGUGGUGAAGGUGGUCGCUUACUAGGCUGUGAUUUCUGUCACAAUGCAUUUUGCAAAGGCUGCAUCCUAAGGAAUUUAGGGCGGUCAGAGUUAUUCAUUAUAACAGAUGGGGGUUCUGAAAAGUGGAAAUGUUAUGUUUGUGAUCCUCCCAAAAUAAAAGCACUAGUUGUACAGUGUAAUGAGGUUUAUGAAUUAUUGGAGGAAGAACGCAAGCGAGAUAACCUAAUGCAGAUCAAACAAGUCAAAGCUGAAGAGAAGCAGGCAUCUUCCAGUAAAAAAAUUGCUGCUACGUCUGUUAUUCCAAUUUGUGAUGAAAGGAUGAACAUCACUGCAAAAACCCUUGACACUGUUAUUGAAAAGCUACUGGUGGCCACAACUUCUAUGACUUUGAUGCUAAACACAUUAAAAUGUGAUCUGAAAGAAGCUGAAAAUGUCUCAGACCCUACUGCUGCUGCUGCUGCCGCCGCCACCGGUGAUAAGCAAACUGAAAGAGACCAGGGUGUGGUGAAAUUAAAGAAAGGUCUUGUGAAAUAUUUCCUGGCUCUAAAAGAGACUCUGUUUGCCUCUGAGGUGAAGGAGGAGAAAGUGGAGAAGAAAUCCAAUACUUCACUGGGGUCAGAUAAAAAAUCAGGGACGAAGAAUCUGAGUGGCAAAGAAAGAGGAAAGGUCGAGAAGAAACAGUCUAAAAGUAAAACUUAUUCCAGCGAUGAAGAUUUCAAGACUUCGAAAAGAGAAAAUGAAACUGAGAAACACAAAGAUUUUUCAUCUCAAAGUAAAGGGAAAAAUGCUUCUAAAGUAAAUAAUAUUUCCAACUCAGUUAUCUCUGUCUCAAAUGAUGAAGAUGACGACGACGAUGAUGAUGAUGAUAUCGAAUAUCUUGGUGAGAGUAAGUUGAGCAAUGUGUCUGAUAAUGACAAAGACAGCAGGGAAAAAUCUGUUAAAAGAGAAAAAUCCGAAGACCAGAAUUCAGAAAAAGAUUGGAAUCUUUUGAAACAAGAAAAUAAGGUCUCGCCUCAAAAGAAUUCCAAUAAUCUUGCCGAGAAGUCCUUGGAAGAUCAAGAUUUAUCUGAUGAUGGCAUGAAAGCAAUGGAGGAGGAUGAAGAAGAGAAGGUGAAGAAGAAGGACAGUAGAGAAGAAAGAACUCCCAAGAAAAGAGAGAAGAAUGAGGAGCGGGGUGGAAGAAAGAAAGAAAAAGAAUCGGAAAGAUUGUCAAAGAAAAAAUCUAACGAUAAAUCAGAAAGAUGUGUUAGAAAGAGGGAUGAGGAGAAAGUUUCAUUGAAGGACAAGGCUAAUGAAAAAUCACCAAAGAAAUCUGAGAAAAAUGAAGUGAAAUUUUCCAAAUCAAACAAUAAAGUGGAUGGGGUGAAAAAAGAGGAAGAUGAUGAUAGUGAUUUGUCUGUUGAUGAUAUUCCAUUGAUUAAGCGCUCCCAGAAAACAGAGAAGAAAAGUACAGAUGUGAAAGUGGAACGCAAGAAGAAAUCAGGUAAAGAUGUUAAAAGUGAUGCAGAGAAGAAAUCAAGUGUCAGUAUUAAAAGUGAGAGAACUGCAGGUAAAAUGGACAUUGACAGUGACGACAUUGCCGAACCUGUCAGUAACCAUUCUGACAGUUUCCUCAGCACCAAACAGAUACCUGAUCCCGAGAAUGCUGCUGCACAACUGUCUCUUUUGAUGGAAAUGGCAAAUGAGAUAUCAAAGAAUCAGGGCAACGACUCUGAUGACAAUAACAACAACAACAACAAUAACAACGACGGUUACGAUCAUGAUGAAGAGGAUAAUGGAUUUACUUAUAGCAAUGAAGAAGAUGAUAACGAUGAGGAUAGUUCUACUGCUGCUCAAAAAGUAGAUUCUGAAAACAUAAAAUCUGCUGCAGAUGGCAACCUCUCUAAUUCCUUUGGAAACCAAUUCCAUGAGAGUGAUAAUGCCAGUUUUGCAAAUGGUAAUAGCAUUGAUGUUUCCAAGAAAACUGCAUCAAGUAAAAAUACCCCCAAAAAACAGAGUAAUACCGGUGCUACAGAGUCUGAUCAUGAACCUUGUGAAUCUGCAGGUGAGAAGAAACGCAGGCGGUCAGACAGGAGGAAAUCUUCAGGUGGGAAAGACAAGAAUAACGAGAAAGAGCGUAAUAACGAGUCGGAUGAAAACAAUCCUGUGGAUGACAGAAACGAGUCUGACAGUAACAGGAAUCAGCCAAACGACCAGAAGAAGGACGACAGCUCUGAAUCUGAGAAGGAAAAGGAGAAGACCGACAAUGAUGACGACAGUGACAGCAAGUUGACCGUCAAAGCCAAGAAGCAGAAAGAAGCGAAGAAACAAAAAGAAACGAAAAAAACGAAAGAUAAAAAGACUAUCAAACAAGAAAAAGAUAUCAAAACUGAGACGAAUGAUUCUAACGAUGAAGACGAGAAUAAGAUGGGUAAAGAGAAAUGUAAGGAGACUACUGACGAUGACAAGCAGUUAGCUGCUGCGAAUAGUGCUUCUGACAGUGAUUCAUCAGAUUCCAGUGAUGACAGUGAUCUUUAUACUCGCAAGAAACGCCGAAGUAGGAAAACCAAGAUCAAAAAAGAAGAGAAAGGAACUCCAGUGAAAGGACAAAGAAAAACCAGGGAAUCGUCUGCCAAUGAGAAAAACAAGAAAGGAGAUGAAGACAAUGUAAAGAAACGAGUCACCCGGAGUCGAUCCGGGGCAUCCGCAAAUAAAGAUACCAAAGCGAAAGAGAAAGGACAGCAUUCAGAUUCCUCCAACUACGAUUCUGAGCUGGAGAAAGAAAUCAAUAAAUUGUCUCAGAAAGUUACUGUAAAGAAGUCGGGAGAAAGAAGAAAGAGAGGACCAAACAAAACGAAGAGAAAGAGAAAUGUCAAGAAAGCUAAUGCCGGAGAAAACAAUGCAGAUGUAUCAUUUUCUGAUUCCUCUCAAGAGUCUGAGCAGUCUUCAGAUGAAGAAAAGUGUGUCAAAGAAGAAGUUGAUCAGAAGAUAAAGGAGGAGGAAGAGAAAGCCAUGACUUUAAGUAUGAUGGAUAAAGAAGGAGAGGAUGAAGAUGAUGAUGAUAGCUCCGAUACUGAUAGCAGUGAUUCAGAAAUCAUUACUAACAAGAAGCGGAAGCGAUCAGAUAAGACCAAAAAAGGCGGAGACGAAUCAGAUUCCCAUCCAAAGAAAAAACAGAAAAGCAAUCGUCUUUUACGAGCAAAACUGUCAGAAUCUGGAUCUGAUAAAUCUGGAGACGAAUCCGAAAAGAAGAAGAAUAAAAACAGCGAUGACGACGACGACGACGAAGAUGCAGAGAUAGACGAAGACGAGGAAGAGGAAGAAGAUAGUGGCAGCGGUAGUGCAGUUUCUAGUUCUGAAUCUUCGGAAGAGGAGGAGGAUGAGGACUCUGACGAGGGGUCGAAGAAGAAGAAGAAGAAAAAGAAGAAAGGCUCUGAGAGCAAAGGUCGGUCAUAUAAAAAGAAAGGGAAGAAGGGAAAACGUCGGAAACGUAUUAAAGCACCAAAGAAUUCAUCAGAUUCUGAUGGAGAGAGUGGCGAUGAUAAAAAUUCACGCGGACCAAGUAAAAGAAAGAAGAUUCGUAAACUUAUUUCCGAUAAGAAGUUGACUGACAGCACAAAAGCUGCAGCUAAAGCAGAAGAGGAAAGACGUAAACGUGUCAAUGAACGACAAAAGAAAUUCAACCGAGUGAUAGCUGACACUAAUGUUCCAGCUAAAUGCCCAGUGACCAAAAGGUUGGUUCUUGCCUUUGACAAAGAAGAGAAACCCAUUUUAGAAGUUGCCAGUAAUCUAAUUACAAAACUGAAACCCCACCAAGUUGAAGGUGUCCAGUUUAUGUUUGAUUGUUGUGUUGAAACCCUGUCUCAGCUGAAGAAAGAGGAAGGUGGCGGUUGUAUAUUGGCUCAUUGUAUGGGUCUUGGGAAAACUUUAUCUCUAAUUACAUUUGUGCACACCCUCAUGGUGAACGGGAACAAAACCAAAAUGACUACCUGUCUUGUCGUCUGUCCAUUGAAUACAGUUCUUAAUUGGAAAGAUGAGUGGGAGAAGUGGGAUGAAAAUGAGGAUUUAAUGGUAUACGAAAUGACAAAUGUCAAAAACAAUUUUCAUCGUACCGAUGUUCUGAAGAAUUGGCAUGAGAAUGGCGGUAUUAUGAUCAUAGGUUAUGAAAUGUACAGAAAUCUUAGUCAAGGUCAUCAUGUGAAAAAUAAGAAACAUAGAAAGAUUUUUGAAGACUGUCUUGUUAAUCCUGGUCCAGAUUUAGUGGUGUGUGAUGAAGGUCAUGUUCUUAAAAAUGAUUCUUCAGGAGUGUCGAAAGCAAUGAAUAGAAUUCACACAAAACGUCGUAUAGUUCUCACUGGAACUCCAUUACAGAAUAACUUAGUAGAAUAUCAUUGUAUGGUUAGUUUUGUGAAGCCUAAUUUACUUGGAACACGUAAAGAAUUUUGUAACAGAUUUGUAAAUCCCAUCACAAAUGGGCAGUGUUCCGAUUCCACUUCAUAUGAUGUAAAAAUUAUGAAAAGACGUGCCCACAUAUUGCAUGAUCUCUUGGAUGGCUGUGUACAGAGGAGAGAUUACAGUGUCUUAACAGACUUUCUGCCGCCUAAACUGGAAUAUGUUAUUUUAGUAAGAUUGUCUGAUGUACAAAUAGAAUUAUACCAGAAAUAUCUAGACAAUUAUUCACAUGUUUCUGGUCCCGGGGUUGUAGACAAACGGCCAGUUGGAUUAUUUGCUGAUUACCAGAACCUAAUGAAGAUCUGGAGUCAUCCGUGGGUGCUAAAACUUAACGAAAUUAGACAAGAAAAUAAAAAACGUUAUGAUUCUGAUGAUGAAAUGGACUCUUUUAUUGAUGAUGACACUGAAGAAUCCGUCAGUGAUGGAACGUCAAGUAAUGAAAGCUUUGAGAACUCUGACAAGGAAGAUGCUACGCCUCCCCCUGGUGGUAACCGGCCUUCCACCAGUACCAGGGCAACGAGAGCUUCAAGACGACGCGGAUCUGAUGAUGAUAAAGCAGAAGUUGUCAAAGAAUGGAAAACUAGAUCUCGUGGUGGUGCUGAAGAAGCAGAACCUAUAGUUGAAGUGAAAGAAGAGAAAGAUUGUCCUAUCAGUUCAGAAUGGUGGUCAGAAUAUUUAAAUGAUUCAGAUUGUCACAAUUUAGAUCUUUCUGGAAAACUGAAAUUAACAUUUGAAAUCUUGAAAAUGUGUGAAGAAAUUGGUGAUAAAGUGUUAGUUUUCAGCCAAAGUUUGUUAUCAUUAGAUUUAUUAGAAGAUUUCCUGGAAUACAUUGAUACUAAUGCUCAGAAAGAACAAGAAGAAAAAGACAAAGAAAAGGAAAAAGAGAAAGAAAAAGAAACGUCUAGUAACAAGAAAAAGAAAGAUAAAGAGGAAAAAGAGACCUUUGGCAAGUCUUGGAUCAAAGGUGCUGAUUACUUUCGACUCGAUGGUUCUACACCUGCUCACUAUCGUAAGAGAUGGGCUGAAGUUUUCAAUGAUACAGAAAAUUAUAGAGCUCGGCUGUUUUUAAUUUCCACUAAAGCUGGAUCCCUUGGUAUUAAUCUUGUAGCUGCCAAUAGAGUAAUUAUUUUUGAUGCUUCCUGGAAUCCCUCACAUGACAUCCAGUCAAUUUUCCGAGUAUAUCGUUUUGGUCAAACAAAACCAGUAUAUAUUUAUCGUCUUGUGGCACAGGGAACAAUGGAAGAGAAAAUCUAUGACAGGCAGGUGAUCAAACAAGCCUUGUCUCAACGAGUCGUUGAUGAACAUCAAAUUGAACGACAUUUCACACAGGCAGAUUUACAAGAACUUUAUGUAUUUAAACCCGAGAAAGUGGAUGAUCCUAAUGCACCGGAAAGACCGACUCCUAUUUUACCGAAGGAUCGUAUGUUAGCUGAACUGUUACAAGAACAGAAGAAAUGGAUUGUGGCGUACCAUGAACAUGAUUCUCUUUUGGAGGAUCAGGAGGAGGAGAAGUUGACGGAAGAAGAACGAAAGACAGCCUGGGAAGAAUUUGAAAAUGAAAAGAAAGGCAUUGUCCGAAGAAAUCCAAUGCAAAUGCAGUAUGUGCAAGGUAUGAACUACGCAGUAAACCAGCCUUAUAUGAACCAACAGUUUAACAUGAUGCAGAAUAUGCAAAAUAUGUACAUGAUGCAACAACAGAUGCAGAACCAGCCUGUUAUCAGUCUACGUUCACCAGAUAUACACAAUAUUGCACAAAGAGUUAAAGCAUUAUAUCCAAAUCUCACCCAUGAUCAGUUCCAAAUGAAAGUUCAUGAAGUCAUGCGAGCCCAAAUAAAUCAACAAAUAGACAUGCAGCAAAGACAGGUCCAGGAACAGUUGAAGAGAGAAAUGGCCAGAAACAGACAGAUGAAGGCUCAAAUAGCCCGUCAGUUUGAUCAAUUUCAAUCUCCACAAAGAAUGAUUUCACCUAUGGUUCAUGGUGCCAAUAUGAUGCCAACACAGGGAGGGUCAAUGGCUGGAGAAGCUGGAGUCCAGAAUUCUGCUUCGGCAACUGCCAACCAUCAACUGAUGAAUAUGCUUCAGCAGGGUAGCGUCCCUGGGUCUCAAUAAACAAGAUUUAGGUGGGGAUUAGAGAAUCAGCUCUUGCUUUCUUCCCCCCGCAAGUUGAAGCAAAUAUCUUCAGUUUGUCGCAAUCCUCCAUUAAUUGGUGGCAUUGAUGAUUCCAUCAUUUCACAUAUAGUUUUUAACCAUGUUUUCUUCAAUGUCAAAAAAAGCCAAUCUUGCUCCACAUUGCUUUGCAUUUGUCUUAUGUACGUGUGACAUCCGCAAAUGCUUAGCGUGUGGCAGGUUGGAACACUGACCAAAUUUAAUAUCAAUGGAAGUUCACUGAAAGGUGUACCAAAAAGAAAAAAAAAACCUCAGUAUAAACUCACCUACUUCCAUGGCGUUUCUGCUCUACUCUUUGUUACCCCAUGAUAGAGUAGCGCUGAUUUAGGAGUACCGUAACCAAAACACUGAUAACAAGGAGAGAAUAUCCUACUUUUGCUUCUUCCAUCUCAUAACGCUUUUACGUUAGUUUAUUUUUUUAUAGUUGACUUUUUCUCCCCCACCCCAACUUACAUUAAAUUUAUUUUUUAAAACACCAUUUUCACUGUUUUAUAUGAGAUUACAUAACAGUUGUAGUUUCUAAGUCAGUUUGUCCCCUUUUAACUAUCCUCCUCACAAAUCAUCUUUUUGCGAGUUUCUUCUUCCUUGUUUUCACAUUUUGGUCAUCUUGUGACGGGUUUAGUGGAGGUCGGUUAACCCGUCUCUGCUUACCCCAUCACUUCUCAGAUACUCUUUGGCUUUGAAGAAAGACAUAAAAAAAAGAAGGUAAAAAAAUAAAGGUACAUUCUUGUGUUAUUUGCUCCUCCCCAGCGAGGAGAAAGAUUGAAUUGUUUGGCCAUGAAUCUCCUCCCUUUGCUUUGUGACGGUGUUUUACUUAUGCUGGCGACAUUCAUGAACAUUAAUUAUCUUCUCGGUUUAUGCUGGAAACAUUCAUGAACGUAAACAUAAUUAUUUAAAAGAAAAAAAAAAAGGAAAUUAUAAUGGACUUAUUGGGGAUACACUCACCCUCAUCACAAGGAAAGUAAUAAUUAAUUAUAUUGCAGCAUCAAGGAUUUAUUCAUUAAAUUACUAAACUCUUCAUCAAGAGACCAUCGUGAAUUUCCCUUGUAUAAAAUAAUCCCGCUGUGACAUUUUGAAGGACCACUCAGCUUGUAAUGCCACUUUUUAAACAAACUGACUGAGAUUAGCUAACAAUCACAACAUCAUGCCUAAACCAGCAUAUGUUGAACAUUUUUUUCAAUUAGUUUUGUGUGUACAAAUCUUCCUUAAUCUGAUGAAGAGGACAUUAAAAAAAAACAGAAAAGACAGUGGAACACUUCUUUGUCAAUAUUUGUUCACCAUUUCCCCCCUUGAAUUUAAUGAAAAACCAAUUUUCAUCA